AUGGCAUCCAAGGGACGGCACGUUGCCGGCGUGGACGGCCGGGACAGUGCGUUUCGCAUGAACAUCGACGAUCGCUACAAGCAAAUCAAGGCAAAGAAGGAUUUGCUGGAAAAACUGUACUAUGUCAACACCCUCUUCUAUCUGUGCACAGCGGCCGUGGCUUUUGUCACUUAUCAAGAGCUGGGUUACCCCCACAUGAACUGGCUGAUCUUCCUGGGCGCGUUGCUGCCCCUCCUCGGCCGCUACGCUUCGGGGCGCAAUCAUGUGCUGACCAUGUCGGCUUUUAGCUUUGCCAGCUCCUGCGCGCUUGCCUACAUUCUGUACGCGGGUAUUGGGCGUGUGUUGACCGUGGCUUCGAUCAACGGCUACACAGACUAUUUGAUCGCCGUCAUUGCCUUGGGCAUCUACGGCGUGUGCGGCCACGCCAUGUACGCGCUCACAGCCCGUCAACUCGUGAGCCUCAUGGAUGUUCGAAAGAACAAGGCUACCAAGCAAAA